AUGAUUGCGUUGUUAAUUGCUGUACUUCUUGUUCAAGUUAAGGUCAAGGUUGACGCCGUGGAUUCGUAUCGUUCCCCAUGGCAUUACAAAUGCGAGGGUGGCCUUUGCAAGAAAGAACUGAUAACACAGAAUACGAGUGUACCGGUUUCAGUGGAAGUAUGCGAAUUGUUUUGCGGCGCAACCAGUUCGCUAUGGCCCGCACCAACAGGUCACCUGUCUUUAAGCAAAAGCAUGGUUCAACUCGAUCCCGAUCGAAUCUCAAUGGCAGACAUAGACACUGACACGAAAAUUAGAUACCUCCUGGAAGCCAAUGUAAUUCUGUUACGAAACAAUGCGAAGAAAUCUGUCAGAGAAUUGGCGGAAAGUGGUGGUGCAGGCAUGUUUAUUCGAUUCGCAGGAUUCCUCGAGAACAGCAACGUUAAGCUUACCAUUGACACGGAUGAAAGUUAUACAUUAGCAGUUACCCAGGUGGAUAAAGCGGUGUUAAAUGCAACGAUAACAGCGAAAUCAUACUUUGGCGCACGUCACGGCGUCGAAACGUUAAGCCAACUGAUUGUUUUCGACGAUCUAAGGAAUCAGAUUCAAAUUCCGAGCGAGGUCUCGAUUUCCGACAGGCCUGUCUAUCCUUACCGCGGUGUGCUGCUUGAUACCAGCCGUAAUUUCAUCGACAAAUCAACGAUAUUACGAACGAUCGAUGGAAUGGCCAUGACGAAGCUGAACACUUUGCACUGGCAUAUCAUCGAUUCCCAGAGUUUCCCUUAUGUCAGCCGUACGUGGCCGGAAUUCUCGAGAUUUGGUUCUUACACGGCCGAGAAGAUCUACGACGAGAAGGAUGUCAAGGAAAUCGUUGAAUAUGGACUCGUUCGAGGCGUUCGAGUGUUACCGGAAUUCGAUGCACCCGCUCACGUGGGGGAGGGAUGGCAAUGGGUGGACGACGAUGCUCUCGUCUGUUUCAAAGCAGAACCCUGGAAAAAAUAUUGCGUGGAACCACCAUGCGGUCAACUUAAUCCGACCAGUGAAAAAGUGUACGAACUUCUCGAAGGAAUAUACAAAGACAUGAUGCGGGAUUUCAAACCGGACAUUUUCCAUAUGGGCGGGGACGAAGUGAAUUUGAACUGUUGGAAUUCGUCGGCCGCCGUUACAAGUUGGAUGCGAACCGUGAAAGGCUGGAAUCUGUCGGAAUCGAGUUUCUACAAGCUUUGGGAUUAUUUUCAGAGUAGAGCAUUGGAGAAAGUGAUUAAUGCUAAUGACGGGAAAAGUAUUCCCGUGGUAUUAUGGACAAGUGGUUUGACCAGCGCAGAAAAUAUUAAAUAUCUGGAUCCCAGCAAGUAUAUCAUACAGAUCUGGACGAGCGAAGACGAUCCCACUAUCGGUAGAUUGUUGCGAAACAAUUUUAGGGUAAUCUUUUCGAAUUACGAUGCGCUUUACUUGGACUGUGGUUUCGCGGCUUGGGUGGGCGAUGGCAAUAACUGGUGCGCUCCAUACAAAGGUUGGCAAAGGGUUUACGAUAAUUCUCCCAUGAAGAUAGUUCGGUCGCAGCAUCUCUAUACCAAGAAAAAUCUCAUAUUGGGAGGAGAAGCGGCUCUGUGGACAGAGCAAGCCGACAGUGCAUCGGCCGAUUCGAAAAUUUGGCCUAGAGCCGCAGCGCUUGCCGAGAGAUUAUGGGCAGAGCCAGACUCGACUUGGAUUCACGCUGAGCAGAGAAUGCUUAGACAGAGGGAACGAUACGUAACAAGAGGAAUCGCGGCUGAGAGCUUGCAACCCGAGUGGUGUUUGCAAAAUCAAGGCUUCUGUUACGCCUAA